AUGGGGGACAAGGCACACUUAUUUUUAAACGUAGUGGAAAAUCCGUCUAAGGAAGAAUUUAGUGUUGUACUUAACAACAUAAAUAUAAAAAGAAAACAAAAAGAGAAAUUACAGAAUUUGGUAUCUGAGGUAGGAUAUAAUAUUUAUGAUUACGCACUAAAGGAAGAAAAAAACUCCUAUUAUGCACUAAGAAUGGAUAACAGUAUAAAUGAAAAUGUAAAAAAUGGAAACAACUCAGAUACGACAUAUCAUUUCUUAUUUAACGAAAAGGAAAACAGAGGAAAUAAUAUUGCCCAUUCAGUGGAAGGUAAUAUUUUAAAUAACAUGAACAGGGAAUAUAGUUCUAGUUCUUUAAAGUCAAAUGUAAGGAGAAAAGAAAAAAAUAAAAUGAGUGCUAUUUAUGAUCAUAAUGAUACUGAUGUUUGUACAAACUUAAGUGUCAUUCAUGGCAGCAAUUCCAAUAAAUAUUCCAAAGCCAACACGGAGCUACUUGCUCAGUAUAAUAAUAUAAUGAAUUAUGAAAAAAAAAAAUAUAACUUGAAAAAGGAUAAUAUACAGAAUUAUGCAAAUGAAGAAAAUAUUCAUUAUAAUUCUUCUCGUUUUGAACAAAUUCAUAAUAUAAGUGAAAUGAAUGAAAAAAACGAUCAAAUUUUUAAGCACCUAAAAGAGGAAGUGCCAUAUCAAGGGGAUAAUAAGAGGACACAUACAUCCUUGCAGUCAUCCACAAGUAACAUAGAACUAAACAUGUUCAAUAACAAUAUGAACGCAGAGAGUCGACUGAGCAAAGGUGUAAGUGCAACUGAAGCGUGUGAUUUGAGCAAAAUGAGUAAAUCAUGUCAGUUGAGCAAAUUGAACCAAAUUAACCAUUUGAACCAGUUCAGCGGCGUCGUAAAUAAUAGCCUGGGCAACGAUGGACAUUUUGAAAAUGUGCACUCUUAUGACAGAACUAAUGAUUACAGUUUUUACAUGCUAAAAAAAAGAGAGUUAACAUAUCUAGAUGAACUAAAUCAAAGGGAUAUACAUGACAAUGAUAGUAUUCCUGCGUAUAAUAAACUUCAAAAUAAGGAAGCAGUUACUAAUUUAGUUGAUGAUGAUUAUACAAACUAUAAUUUAAAUAAAGUACAUAAUAUAUUUAGUGUUAAAUACGACAAAAUGAACUCUAAUAAAUAUAAUUUAUUUAAUAAAAACAUCCAUAUAUGUAGUGAUCAUAAGGGGUUGCCUUGUAUUAGCUGCAUUGAUCAGAAUACGGGGGACAAAUGUAUGUUCAGACUAGUAAAUGCUUGCGAUAGAACAACUAAUUAUAAAAGUGUAGGUGAUACCAACAUUAGAAUCAACCUUAACGAUGUUACUUGCGUGAAUGAAGGUAGUCUAUAUAAUGAUGAAGCAUUCAACCACAAUAUGGUCAUUCCACGUGUCAGUGAUGCAUUAGAUAAUCGGAAGAAAACCAUCAAUAGUAGUGGCGGUACUACCGGAAGAGUCAGUGUCGACAUUAAUGGAUAUAAAUGCGAUGAUAGAGAAAGCAACUUGAAUUAUAAACAUUUUGCAAAUAUAGACAAUGCCCGAUAUAGAAGUGGUGAUGAGAAUACUUUAAAUUUUGUGGAAGAUUAUAUAAAUGAUAUGAAUGCACAUAAAUUAAUAAUAAACACCAGUAGCAGCAAUACUAAUACGCAGGCGAUAGGUGUCAAUAACGGCAGUGUGAACUUCCCUAACAAUUUGAAAAGGAUUACUGUAAAUACACAUAACCAGAGGGAUAACGGCACGAACUGGGGUGAACAACUAGACCAGUGCUAUAUGGAUAGCACAAAUAGGUCAUAUAAUAUGAAAAAACAUGAACUUAGAAAUGUGGGAAGCAAUAUAGCAAGAGCUGAAAUUGUUAGAGGUGAAAGUAUAAGGUGUGAAAAUAUAAGGGGUGAAAGUGUAAGGGGUGAAAGUGUAAGGGGUGCAAGUGUAAGGGGUGAAAGUGUAAUGGGUGCAAGUGUAAGGGGUGAAAGUGUAAGGGGUGCAAGUGUAAGGGGUGAAAGUAUAAGAGAUGAGAGCGUAAUAAAUGAAAGCAUAAAUGGGGAAAACAUAAUGAACCAAAACAAUUGCGCAUUUUUGCAAAAUGAUACGGAACUACCACACGUUUCACUAGCUGUAGAGAACAUAUUGUUAAACAAAGAUAGCGUGAAUUAUAAUAGGUAUUUGUUCAAAAAUAAUGUGAAAGAUAUAAUCCCCAUGAAUAGCAUCAGUCGCAUUCAGCACAUAGACUGUGAGAAAAUGAGAAAGAACGAUCUAAAUAAAUAUGAAAAUUAUGAGGGAAAUAUGAGAUUGCAGGGAGGAGAACCAAGUCCAGAGAGUUGCAAAAUAAGUGGGAAUUCGAAAUUUAAGUCUAAUGUAAAAAUGAAUUGUGCAUAUUGUGCAAAUUAUGCUAAUUGCGCUAACUAUGUAGAUUGUGCUAAUUGUGCAAAUUGCAUAAAUUGUGGGAAUAAUAGGCAGCCGACAAAUGAUAAAAGAAAUAACGAAACCGCACACACGAACAGUAAUAAUAAUACCAAAUGGUUCUUUGACUUUAAUCAGGGAAGUAAUAAUAUCAGUCUGAAUAAUAAUACACGUAUGAUGGUUAAAAACAGUUCAUAUAAUUUAAAUGAUAAUGGAAAGCUACUAAACAGUGUGAGAAUCGCUAACAGUGUUAACAGUGAUGACAACAACAUGAAUGAGGGAAUCCUUUACAUUGAUGAAUGUAACCGCAUUGAACCGUUUUAUCAAGAAGAGCCAUACAACAAUUAUGCUAACUGUGAAGGUGCAUGCGUCAGUAUUAGCAAGAGAAACUGCAUGAGUGCCAAUGGUAACGUUGGUAACUACAUAAGUGAAAGUAAUAACCAUGCCGAUGGUAAUAAUAGCUACAAAAAUGGUAAUAGUUUUUCUGAAGAGGUUCUUCUAGGUGCAAGCACACGUAAAAAGAACUACGAAAAUAAAGAAAAGGAAGAAUAUCAACAUAACUGCUUACCAAAUGAAGACAUCGAAUUAAACGGAAAGAGUAAAAUUAAAGAACAAAAAUAUAACAAUUACUACCAUAAAAAUUAUAAUUUAAAAAUUUUGAGAAAUAAUGAAAUAAUGUCGGAAAAGAGUAGAAUAUCCAAGACACUUUUUUCGUUUGAUGAAUCUUGUCAUAAUUCUGAGAACACUAAAUCAUCAUACAUUUUGAACUCAGAAGGAAAAAUGGUACAAGCACAGGAAGAAUCUCAGUAUUAUAAUAGCAGCAGCAAUAACGACGUAGUAAUAGUCAACGACAUGGUAUUGAACACUGACGUGGUGCUAAAAAGCAAUGUGACAUGCAUAAAUAAGGCAAAAUAUGGAAAUGGAGCUAACUAUAAAUGGGUAAUUAUGGAAGACUACGGAAAUGGAAGUAGAAGCGGGAACAUGAAUGAUAACAUACUAGGAAGUAUAAUACAAAACAUACGAUAUUACAGCAGUAAAGUGUUCAAUGACGUGCUUAUGAAUAACGAUUCCUUUAAAAAAAAAAAAUUAAACGAACUAAAUUUGUAUUUAUCAAAAUUAAAGGUUAAAAAUUAUGAAGAUUUCUUUUUCAAUUUAAAUAAAUUCUAUGAAAAUUUUCUUAUUCUUCUUAAUUCAAAUUAUUUAUAUAAAUAUAACUCUUCUAUACUGUACAGCAUUUGUGUCGUUGCAAAAAAUCUCCUCUUUUUACUGCACCUAGGGAUAUACAUAUUUCAUAUUAUUAAAACAUGUAUGUAUUGUAUUGUAAAGCUUAUUUUAGUAAAACCAAUUUUUAUUACCGAUAAAGCUUGGUUCUUCUUACUAAAUUUGUAUAAAUGUCUCUUUGAAAAAUUAUAUGAAUAUUUUAAGAAGGACUUAAACAAUGUACACUCUUACAAUAAUAAAGUAUUCCUUGGCAUCAUGUUAUCCUUCAUCAACGUUUUUAAUGAAACCAUUUUAGAAUAUGCAAAAAUGAGGGUCAUAUCAAGAAAUAAAAAGAAGGAAGAAUUUAUUGCUUUCCCGCUAUAUGAAUCUUUGAAGCCUUUUUUUUUCGUAAAUACAUAUUAUACUGAUGAUGAAGCUAAAAUGGGUAAAGAAAACACAUGGACAAGUGAGAGCAAGUUCAAAGGGAGACACCAUCAAAUUGAGGAAGACAACAGGGAAGGUACACCACAUAAACAUAUUAGUAAACAUGAUGAGGUGAUCAACGGUGGAAUAAAUUACAAAGGAAAAGGCGAAAAGAUAGUGGUACAGAGAGAAUCUGAUGAAGUGGAAGAAGCGGACGCAAUGAACUCAGCAAACGCUGAAGACAAAACGGAAUUCCCCAUAGUGCAGUCGAAUCAUUACAACAAAAUAGAUGAACUAACAGAUACUGUAUUUUCAACCAGCACAAAAGAUAUACAUUUAUGUGAUGAAAAGAAUACGGGAAAUGACCACAUGUGUACACCUUUCAAAAAUUGCACCAAAAAAAAAAUGGAGGACGAAUUAACGAUUACCAUGAGAAACAAUCUUCUAUGUUGUGUUCAUGUACUUAUCAAAAUAUUCUCACACAUAUAUAUAAACAACUGGGAUAAAAUACUAUAUUAUUAUAAUGAAAGUAAAAAAGAACUUAUUCCAAUAUUUUUAACAAUAGUUAUAAAAGAUCAGAACCAGAAACUUAGGACUAAUUCCAUUUUGUGUUUAAAAUACUUGUUUGAUUGUAAGCAACUGAAAUAUUGGUUUUUACUAAAGGGAAGUAACACCAACAGUGAUAAUAAUAAUGAAAAUACCAUUAUUAGUGAUGAAAACACACACAAUGAAGGGGAUAAUGUAGAAGCUUCUUUCAAUCAUAGCAAUUGUGGGAACGAUUUUUCUCCCAAUAACAAUUAUAAUAUAUGCAUGUUGUCAAGUACAAACCGAAUAAGCGAUAAUUUAUUAUCUAAUGCAGAACAAUCCCUUCUUACUAAUAAAGAUUUAUCCCUACAGAAUAAUAGUAUGAUGAAAAAUAUUAGUAAUGCAACUAAUGAAAAAAAGCUAUGUACAGGUAAACAGGGCAAGCAGCAAAAUACCACAGAAAAGGUGCAUAAUUCUAGUUUGGUUAUGUACGAUGUUAAUAAUACCAGUAUGAGCGUAAAUAAUUACACAAGUGUGAACAUUGAGGUGGAAAAUAGGACUCCCGUAAGUUUAGAAAAUUACAAAAACAGUAGCAGCAUUAGAGAUAAUAAGAACAGCAUCAGCAGUAGCAACGGAAAACUUUGCAGUGAUAUGCGUGUGAAGGAUAAAUAUUACGAUCGAUUAACAAACGCCAAUAUUAAGAAAACUGCAACAGAACAGAGCAUUGUGCACAUUCUCUCAACAUUAACAAAACUAAUAACCAAUAUGUACGUACUAGAUAACAAAGGUAACUUCCACACCCCCGCAGACAGACUAAACAUCUAUCGCUUCUUUUUACGAGUUUCUCAGUCCAUAUUAAUACCAAAAUAUAAAAAUUUGCUAGUACAAAUAUUGAAAUUUUUUUUUUUCUAUUUAUUAAAAUACCUUAUCUAUUUUAACCAUGGAGAUGUUUUCCUCUUUUGCGUAAAAAGAUUACUACAAAAUAAUAAUAAUUUAAAAUAUGACAAAGGUGAAAGGAAUUAUAAUAGCUCCAUAUACUUAUCACCACAUAACGACGAAAUUUCUGAUAGAGGGAAGUCAGAUUGGAAUUUAAAUAGCCCAAAACAUUUUUAUAACAUUUCGAGCGAUAGUUAUAAUAUGCAUUUCUUUCAAAAUAGACAUAUAAGUGGUAGACGUAAUAUCAUAGAAAGCAUUUACUUUCAAAACGAUUAUAAGGACGAAGACGAACGAAUAAUUAGCUCAUUAAAUAAUUAUAUAAACAGUUUUAUGGAGGAUGAAGAGUAUGAUGAGUACGAUGAAUGUGAUGAGCACUCUUAUGAAAAGGAUAGCGAGAGAGAAAGAGAUAAGGCAGGAGAGGAGCUGCGUAGGGGGAAGCGAACGGAUCUGCAUACACAGCAACAAACAGAACAACGAUCGGAUCAGAAGAAAAGAAAAAAGAAAGAAAGAGACGUGGAGGAACCAGAAGAAGAAAAUAAAGACACAGAUGGUAUGAACGGUGCAAAUGACAAGAACGCGUGUGGCGGGGCUAACGAGAAUAAAAAGAAUAAAUCUGAAAAUAAAAAAAUAUCCAUAGAAAAAAAACAACUUAAUGAAGAUAAUGAAAGCAAAAUAAAGAUUAACAUUCAUGAUAAAGAGGGUAAUAUAACUGAUAAUAUAAUUAUGCCGAACGAAAAGGAGAAUGGGGAAAAAGUUGGCGUGUUCCAUGAGGACAGCAGUGUGAGUGGUAACUGUGUGAAUAGUAAUAUUAUCGAUAGUAAGAAUGUACUUGACGAUGAUAGACUUUUACAUGAGGAUGGAAAAAACGCACGUGAGAUAUGUACUGCAAACUGUAGUGUGUUUCAUGAAAACAGUAAUAAAACGAGUAAAAAGAAGAAGAAGAAAAAAAAAAAAAAAAAUGUAGAAAGAAGAAAUAUGGAAAAUGUAAAGAACACACAAAACAACAUGAGAACGAUUUGUGCAUGUAAAAUUGCGCCAAGCAACACAUCGAAAAACAAAAAAAGAUCUGUAAAAAAAAAAAGCACAAACUGUAUUUCAUUUUUGUACAAAAAUAUAGAUAAAAUAGAUAGAACUCUUCUUUGUAAUGAUGAUUAUGAUCUAUUAAUUAGUGUAUUAUAUUCAAAUGAAUAUUAUAAAAGUUCGAAAUAUAUAUGCACAAUAACAGUUAUUGUCAAUAUAUUUUCCGUUUUAUUAUGUGAAUAUAAUGAUGAUUUAUAUUAUUUUUUAUGCACCAAUAUAUACGGAAAAUAUAUAAAUCAAUCGUUAAAUGAUAGAAAUAUUUACUGUAAUAACAUUUCGAAGAAUUACCUGUACAAUAUAUCCUUUGCACAGUUAAUAUAUUUUAUGUUAAUUUUUUUAUACAAAAUAUUUUAUCAACCUUGCACACAUGUAAAAAACGCUGUAAAAAAUGGUGUGAAAUCGUCCUCAAACGCGAAUGAUACUAUUUAUUUGAGCAAAAAUGAGAGUAAAGAUAAGGGGGAAAAUGAGAUCAAAGAUGAGAGAAACAAUGGAGUUAGCAGCACUGGUAUAGUAAAUAAUAAAAUAGAAAGAAACCUGCCCUCUGACAUACAUAUACAUAACAAGCCCAUCUUAGAAAAUAUAAUGCGAGAUCAUGAACAAAAUUAUAAAUGUGAAAAUAGGCACAGCAUGAACUCCUAUAAUGAUCUGUACGAUAAUUAUAUCACUUCUUAUAUGCAGCAAGAAAAUAUUGAACAUACCACAUUAAGUACGUUUGAUAAGAACAAUUUAAUACCAUAUGAUAUUCAAAUAUUUAAAAAUAUUUUUUUAGUUUUUCAGAAAACUUUAAAAUAUUAUUUAUUUUGCUAUAUGCAUUGUUGGGAAGAUGUAAAGAAUUUACUGGAAUAUUUUCUGCAAUCUGAAAACAUAAAUAUAAAAAUUAUAUCAAUCAAAAUAGUAAUUGAUGUGUUUAGUUUUAUUAACACAUAUUAUGAUAAUAACUGUAAUGAAUAUGAACUACCAAUAUAUAAACAAAAAGAUGAAUUUAAAAACAGUCAAAUUUUUAAUAAUAAGUACAACAGUCAAGCGGAAUUUCUACAAGGGGAAAAUGAUGAUGAGGACACGCACAACACCUCCUUAAGUACCAAGGGGAAAAACUCCUCCGUAGAGGGUAAAGCAGAUAUAGCUAUUUCAUCAAAUGAUAAGAGUGAACAAGUUAGCGAUGUGUCAAGUUUAAAUUCAAUGCAAAAAAGUUUAUCGAAGCAAACUAAUAAUUGUAUUGAUUAUAUUUUUUCAAAUUCGGAAGAGAGAAACAACUUAGUAGACUACGACAUGAACAAUGUGAGAAAUAUUAUGCAAGAAACGCAGCCUAACAUUUACAAUUCUACAAUUUCACUCAGUGUGAACAACUCUAGACAUAAUACGCCUAUCAUGAAUCAUAGUAGAAGUAACGGAAGGAAAAAAGGAAGCGAUAAGAAUGCCCAUAACAACAGUUUCAAUCCUAUGGACGAACAAAGUGUAUCCGAGUCAAAACAUUCAUUUAAAACUAUAAAAAGCAUGUCAGAUAGGUUUCUCAAAGUAACCAAAAAGAACAGAAGUGAACAAGAGAAAAAUGAUAUGGAUAUAAAAAAUAACAUAACAAAAGAGAAAAAAUUUUUGUAUCAUAAAUUCAGUGAGUCAAAUGAAAGCAGUAAGAAGAAAAAGUUUAUGGAACUUGUCGAAAAUGAUAUGAUUUAUCUGUUUCAAAAGUAUAUUUUAAUACAUAUUCAUAAUAUAAACAAAAUACACGAUGAUGUAAUUAAUAAAAGAAGCAAAGUGAAACACAUUUUCCUUAACACAAUUAUCUGCAUUUCUCAGUUAAGUUAUGAAGGUUUUAAAAUUUUAAAGGUGGAAGAUAUUCAAAAGUUAACAAAUCUAGUUUCCUCAUGUGUUCAUAGUAUUAAGUGCAAUAUCAUAACUGCACUAAGUAAAUAUAUUAUUAAAUACAUUUUUAUCUUUAAUAAAAGAUUUAUUCAGAAUUAUGAAAAAAGAAUAAAUUUAUUGCACAUGAAGUCUACUAAUGUCUAUUACAAUAACAUCCAUGCAACAGCGGCAAAUAAUGUUCAUAUAAAAAAAAAAAAAAACUUAAAUAUUAAUUCUUAUUGUAAUACUGAAAGUGUAUUAAACAGCCAUAAUUUUAAAUCCAUGAAUUAUGAAAUAUUCGAAAAAGGGGGCACAAAGGAAAAUGCUACAGAUGUGUUUACCACUACUUCUUUUUCAUCAAAUUGUAAAUAUAAUAGUGGAAGCAACACUAGGAGCACUAAUAAAAAGAAGCUUAACACGACUGACGAAUAUAUAAAUAGUAAAACUUAUUCCAGUUCGACUCAACCCAACAUAAAAUACGACAAAAAGGAAUAUACAAAAAGACGUACUUACUUGGAUAAUACUUCAAUAUAUCACGAUCCCCAAGAAUUACCACGUUACGACAAAAAUUAUGAUACUGAAAAAAGAGAAAUUAAUCUGAUUAAUUCAGCAGUGCGCAAUUCGGAAUCUACCACGAGUAAUGUUAAUCAUAGCGGUAGCAAUAGUAAUGGUAGUAGUAAUGGCAGUAGUAAUGGCAAUAGUAAUGGCAGUAGUAAUAGCAGUAGUAAUAACAAUUGCAAUCGCAAUAACCGUAGCACAGAGUUUAAAAUAAAAUUUAACCUUUCCAUUACGGAUCCACACAUAACGCAAGUACCCGUGCAAGAUAAUGGGGAAAAUAUAAUACAAGAUGAGCUUGCAUCUUACAAAAGUUUUCAUUUUAGGGGAUUCCCUUUUGUAGGGAAAAAGAUAACAGAAAGUAAUCAUCAAAUAGUGAUAUAUAAAGAGAAAAGAGAACUACUAAACCGUUCUGUACUUGCACAAAACAAAAACAACCCUAGAUAUAAUUCCAUGUGCAUUGACCAUUGCACAAACCAUAAACAGGAGGAAAGCACCAAUAAUGGAAAUUGCACUACUACACAAAACGGAGUUGAACUCAUUAAUUUGAAGUGUGAAAAAACUUCUUUGUUUCAAGACAGUAAUGAUGAUGAAAGCAAUACCAACUUCAACUUGAAGUGUUUAAAAAAAAUGGCAACUAACACGAGAAAUGUUAAUAGAGAGAGUGUUAAUAAUAAAGAGCGGAUAGUAAGUAGACCAAAAAAAGGCAAAAAUGAAGGAGCGGCAGAAGGAGAAGUAGUAAUAAAAGACGAAGCGGUAUUAGUUAACGAAGCGGUAUUAGUUGACGAAGCGGUAGUAGUAGACGAAGCGGUAGUAGUAGACGAAGCGGUAGUAGUAGACGAAGCGGUAGUAGUAGACGAAGUAGUAGUAGAGAAAGUCGGCAGUAGUAGACAAAUCGGCAGUAGUAGACAAAUCGGCAGUAGUAGACAAAUCGGCAGUAGUAGACAAAUCGGCAGUAGAAGACGAAUCGGCAGUUGUAGACGAAACGGCAGUAGUAGACGAAACGGAGAACAGGAGUACAGUAAGAAUACCAAUAAUUGUAACAAAAAUAUUUUUUUUUGUAAUUCCAUUUACAAGUCCCCUAAUUCAGAAGAUGAAAGAGCGUCGUCCACGCAACCAAUCAACUUCAACGUAUGUGAAAAAGAAAUGAACAACCUGAAUGUAAAGAAUGAUGAAGAGAUAGAAAAACAUUAUUUGAAUAAAGUUUUUUCAAUUAAAAACAUAGAUGAAAAGGAUAAAUGGAAUGAGGAUGUGUACAAAUUAGAAAAGCAGAAGAAUGAAAAGAAGUUAUUUGAGUUAUAUUACAUAUACAUUUAUAUAAUUAUUCAUAUAAUUAAAUUUUAUAACGAUUCUUUUGUAGAUUUAAAAUAUUAUACGUAUAAUUGUAUAUGUGAAAUUGCCAGUUCUUAUAUUCCUUUUUAUUUCACCCAAAAUAAUAUUAAAACAUUUUCCUACUAUAGUAAUUAUAAUAGUGAGGAAAACAAAAACAUAAACAAUUUUAUCGAUUUUAUAAAUGAUAUUCAUUUAUCUAUAGAUAUGAAUGACUUCAAUUUAUGUCACAUGAGCAAGAACAAAAGUAAUGAGCUAAAUAUGAAAUGUUCCAAAAAUUGUGUUCAUUGUAGAUAUGUUAUUGAUACAGAUGAUUUUACAUACACAGAAGCUGAUAGCUACUUAAAUAGUAUAACAAAUAUAGAUAAGACUAAAAACAAAUGCGCUGUCUCAACAAAGCUUAGCAGCAAUAAUAAUUAUAAUAAUAGUACAACUGCUGAUAGUAAUUAUAAUGGCAAUACCGCUGCAAGCGGUAGUAACAGCAGUAGCUUCUGCAAAAGGUACGACACUAAAGUUAACCAAGCACAAAGUAAUGAAAGUCAUGAAUGUUAUCCAGUGAGUACCUUAACGAGCAGCCCCUCCAACAUGCACAAUAUGUUUAUGAACAAUGUAUAUAUAAUAUCAUACAUUGAGUAUAUUUAUAUAUUAUUAUUAAUUGUAAGAGAAAACAAAAGUGUAGAAAAAGAUAGAGCUGUUUGUUGUAUUAUUAGAUAUGUAGGAUUUAUAUGUAAAAAUGUGAAUUUCUUCCUAUUCAAUUAUAUUAAUUUAUUGCCGUCCACAUUUCUUGUUAAAUAUUUUAUUUAUUUGAACAAUAUAAUAAAAAGAAAAGGUCUGAUUGACAUCUUCACGUCUGAUACGCAUGAUGUGGAAAACACCGAGGGGCAGGGAAAGCAUGAGGAGUUACCAAAAAAUGCUAGGAGUGGGAGCGAUGGAAGCAGAGGAUAUGAAAGCAAGAGUGACGUAAGUUGGAACGACGUAAACAGAAAUGAAGUAAUCGGGAACGACAUAAACAGGAACGAAGUAAUAGGGAAAGACAUAAACAGGAACGAAGUAAACAGGAACGAUGGGACUGGGAGCACGAAGGGGGAACAACUAUCUGCCAAAGAACAGGGUACACAAAAGGGAGUCGACAGUGAGGGUAAGAAAACGUCCUCUUUUUUCCGCAUGAAUGAAAAUAAAAAACUACAUCGGAAAAGUUCAUACAUGUCAAGAUGUGAAAACAGAAUAAAUGAGAGAGCAGAAAAUAAAAAAGGGGAUAGUUUAAAAUUUUAUCGCUUAUUUUUAAAUGUAUAUAUAAAAUAUGAAUACGAAUUUGAUGACUGUUUUUUUUCAUUUAACAAAAAUUUCGAAGAAAAAAAUAAUACGGAAAAGGUUACAAAGGAUUGGACUAAUAAAUAUACGAAAGAUUAUCCAUUAAAUGAAAAAUCUAAACCAAGUAAAGGAAUAAUAAAGAAUAAAAACAUUGGAGAUACGAAAGUAAAACAUACCGUUUUACAUAAUUUUAAUGAUAAUUGUUUUGAAAGAUAUUCUGAUAAAAAAGAUAAUAGUAUCUGUGAUGACUCAAUAAUAAUAGAAAUAAAAGACAUAUUUAAUUCAAACAUAAGUAAGAAUUAUUUUAAAUAUAACCCGAAUAAUGUAGACGCAAAAAUUAUAUUAUAUUUGCUAUCCAUAGUAAAGGAUCAUAUAAAGAAUAAAAUAACGUGGAAUGUCCUUUAUGCGUUUAAAUUGAUAUAUAACAAUUAUUCCUUCUUUUUUGCACAUAAUUUUGCAGAUUUACAUUAUAAAAUACUAGAUAAUUUAAUUUACACAUUAAGAUAUACAAAUGUUUAUAAAAUUAAAAUUUUGUCCUCUUUGGCUUUAAUACAUAUCCCUCUGUAUUAUAAUAUUAAUAAAAACAAGCUGAAAGAAUUAUGGGAAACAAUAGUAUCAAAUAUUUCUGUUUUUGAUGAAAUUUAUAUUGAUGAUAAAUCAAAUAUAAAUCAGUUUGUAUACUUCUAUGAUAAAUCCUUAAAUUUUGUAACAAUAAGCAAAAAAACGGAAUAUAAAUAUAAGUGUACCUUAAGAGUUAAUAUAUGCGAACUGUUAUAUAUAUGUAUAUACAGGUCAUACAUUCAUGCGAAUAUUAACACUGAUAUUGAAAUUAAUAACAAAAGAAUAAACUGUUAUGAGGUUUUUAAAAAAUAUACACACAUUUUUAAUAUUAACAAUGAUAUACAUAUAUACAACUUAACGCAUAUUUUUAAUAACCAUGUAACUUACUACUCCUUUUACAAUAAAAAGAGCGAUGAAAACAGUGGCAUGAAUAACAACAGUAGUAACAACAAUCCGGCGCAUACAAAGCAUGAAGAAAAAUAUAUACCGCAGGCAAAUACUUAUGAUCCAUGUAGUAGUGAUAUAUCGAAUAAGAAAGAAGAGGAAAAAUUAUGCCUUGAUGAUAUUUUUAAACUUCAAUUAUUUUUGAACAACCAUUUUGAUAAAUAUCAUUAUGUGUACCAAAAUUUAUUAGGAACUAGCCAAAACCCUAUUUUCCUAACCCUAUUUUUAAAACUUCACUGUGAGAUAAAAUCAUCUUUAAAAAGAUUUAUUGAUCCAGGAGUGCAGAGAAGACAGGAAAACCAAACACACUUGAAAAAUUAA